AUGGUCGCUUCCUCUGAAACUCCAUCUGUUGCUAAACAAACAGCUUCCACGAUUAUGCUGAACAUCAAACCAAAUCAGAAUCUUGUUUUGGAUCUUGAGUCUUCCAAGUACACCGAUUCUCUAAAGUCGAUGAUCGAAUUCCUUCAAUAUUCUUUACUUGCUCAAGCUCUAACAAUGGCUGAAAGUUUACCAUUGAUUCAUUUGUUGAAAGCUUUCUCUACUGCAGACUACAAAAUAGAAAGUUUCUCUGAAAGAGGCACGGGGUCAGACACUGCUAGCAAGCUCUUUUUCACAUUGAUCUAUGGUCUUUACAAGGGGAUUUACCUUGAUGUUGGUUCUAUUCAUUAG